AUGUCUAUACGAUCAGAUUCACCGACAUCAUCUGAAAAUUAUGGAAAUACCGUACGUAUGUCUUCAUUACGCUGUCCAAUACGCCCAUGUACACAGGAAAUGUUGGAGAACUAUAUGUCACGAGUGAUGCAGUUAAUGUCCGGAACAAAUCGAAUUUAUACCGUUUUUGAAAAUUAUGAAAUUAUUGAGGUGAUUCUGAGCUUGCUUAUGCCCUUACGCUUGGAUAAUAAUCAACUUGAGUGA